AUCUCUAUAUAUGACAGUGCCGAUCCCUCUAACAUACAGUGCACUGUCCCUAUAGCUGAGCUGAUCUCUAUAUAUGACAGUGCCGAUCCCUAUGACAUACAGUGCACUGUCCCCAUAGCUGAGCCGAUCUCUAUAUAUGACACUCUUACAAAGUGUCCCUAAUCUCCGUUUCGUACAGUAGAGGUGAGCGGACUCCAGCAGGGGGCGCCCUCCUGGCGGUGCUGAGACUCCUCCCUGGGUGCUCCCGCAGACAUAUAUAUGGUGACCGGGCAGUGAUCGCUCAGUCUCAGGCGGAGUGGUGGCUCCGGUUUCCCUUCAUUUAGUUUUCCCCCCUCUUCCGUGUUCUUCGUAUUUCCUCCCCGGACUUAUAGCGGUAUCAGAGCCGAGAUCGCAGGGGGUGGAUGGAAACCCACGCCUACAGUGCCCCGUACACUGACCCACAACCGGGGAACAAAGAGGGCUGAGGUUGCCGGCGGCUCCAUUGUUGUGCGGGAGUCGAGCCGCAGGUCGGGGAGGAGAGCUGUGCGGAAACGUCAUUUCUGGGAGGAAAACUUCUUCCACCUAUUGAGCAACCGGUGCCUUGUGCUGAGAAGUGGCCUGUGCCAUGGGCAUGAGGGCACUGCCCGGCGCUCUGCACGUGUGAGACCCUGCGCCGCUCCGGUAAAACUAAACACAUUAUCAUGCAGUCUCCUGACUACAGGGGAGGAUCACGCCUCUUCCUCCAACCUCAGAAUGGCAGCAAUAUACGAUCACCGGGCUACGUGCCUGGCAGAAUUGUGCCAUUACGUCCACCGCCUCCUCCAAAGACUCAAGCAACAGCCAAAUUUAAUUCCUCUGGGCAAGAAGCACAUACAACCUUUGGGUUUUCAGGCAAUGGACAAAACAAUCACGCACAGGUUAUUCGCAGGAGAAGACACAAAAAUACCUUAAUAUGCUUUGCAAUUUCCAGUCUGACUUUUCUUAUUAUCCUUGCUAUUGUUCUAGGAAUAUCUUCUAAAUAUGCCCCUGAUGAAAAUUGUCCGGAUCAGAACUACUUUCUUAGUAACUGGAACCCUGGCCAUGACCCAAAUAAAAGAAUUGUCAUAAGGAAGGGGGACCUCUUGCGUUUGCAGUCUGAUGCCACAGUGCAUUCUAUAACCAUACAGAAUGGAGGUAAACUAGUCUUUGAAGAUGAUGAAAGUGGGUCAAAAAAUAUUACUCUUAGGACUCGUUCUAUCCUAAUACAGGAUGGUGGAGCGCUUCAUAUUGGAGCAGAGAAAUGCAGCUACAAAUCCAAAGCAAAUAUUAUCUUGUACGGUAGAUCAGAUGAAGAAGGUAGUGUGCCAGUAUUUGGGAAGAAGUUCAUUGGUGUAUCACCUGGUGGAACACUGGAAUUACACGGUUCCAAAAAGUUAUCUUGGACCCUAUUGACAAAAUCUCUUACUCCGUCCGGACUUCUAGCCGGAGCAUACAGCUUUGAACGCACUUUUUCUAGAGGUCUGAAUGUGAGAGUUGUGGACCAAGAAACGGCUCAGUUAUUAGUGACUGAAAAAUUUGACACCUUUAGUUCUGAAGAUGAAAGCAAGAGGUUGCAGAAUUUCCUCAAUGCUCUACCACCAGGUCGUAUCGUUGCCAUGGCAGUAGGGGACUCUGCCGAAAAAAAACUACUUCAAGAAACUCGCCUGACCAUUCAACGUCUUCUUGGUAGUAGUCAAGUGAAAUUCUUGUCAUAUAGACAAGCUUGGGCACUCGUCAGCGUUGUUGGUGGGAGUAACACCUCGUGCAGUGAAAGUACCAGAGACUACGAAAAUCAUAGCACUCGAGGAAAGGCAGAAGCAGAGAAAGUAUUUACUACGCUGGAUGGACAGCGAUUUGCUGUGAAAGCCUACAGUGAAUGGAACCUUGGUAAAGCCAUUUCCGGAUUUAGCAUUGAAGCUGUUGAUGGGAUUGUGGUAGACCUCAUGGAUGAUGUGCACACUUGGCAGCCAGGAGAUCAAAUAGUUGUUGCCAGCACAGACUAUUCAAUGUAUCAAGCUGAAGAGUUUACCCUCCUGUCUUGUCCAGAAUGUAAUAAAUUUCAAGUUAAAAUAAAAGUUCCAACAAAAGAAACACCCAUGUUUUUCCAUAUGGGGGAAAUCACAGAAGGUUUGGACAUGCGGGCUGAAGUGGGAGUCCUUACAAGGAACAUUGUCAUCCAAGGAGAAAUGGAGGAGACUUGUUAUGGGAACAACCAAUGCCAGUUCUUUAAUUUUGAUACCUUUGGAGGCCAUAUUAAGAUAUUGCAGAACUUCACGGCUGUUCAUCUGUCAAAUGUUGAACUGAAGAAUAUGGGCCAGCAAGUAAUGGGCAGCUACCCCGUCCAUUUUCACCUGUGUGGGGAUGUUGAUGAAAUGGGAGGUUACAGUCCUGGAACGUAUGUUGAUGGCCUUUCCAUUCACCAUAGCUUUUCCAGAUGUGUCACAGUCCAUGCAACAAAUGGCUUGUUGAUAAAGAACACAAUUGGCUAUGACACACUGGGACACUGUUUCUUUCUGGAAGAUGGCAUAGAACAAAGGAACACUCUGUUUCAUAACCUUGGACUUGUUACCAAGCCAGGCACAUUAUUACCCACAGACCGAAAUAAUACAGUCUGCACAGCUAUGAGGGAUAAAGUAUAUGGAAACUACGUUCCUAAUCCAGCCACUGACUGCAUGGCAGUAUCGACGUUCUGGAUAGCCAAUCCCAACAAUAACUUGAUAAGUAAUGCAGCCGCUGGCUCUCAGGAUGCCGGGAUCUGGUAUGUGUUCCACAAGUCUUCAACUGGAGAAUCCCAUGGGCUUUAUCCAGAUACCAAAUCGGAGCUCACACCUCUUGGUAUAUUUUACAAUAACAGAGUCCAUUCGAACUUUAAGGCAGGCUUGUUUAUUGAUAAAGGUGUGAAAACCACAAAUGCCAGUGCCGAAGACCCAAGAGAGUAUCUGUGUUUGGAUAAUAAUGCCAGGUUUCGACCCCAUGUGGACGCUGAUCCCCAAAAACCAAGAGUUGCUGCGCUGAUCGACAGCCUUGUUUCUUUUAAAAAUAAUGACCAUGGGGCUUGGGUGAGAGGAGGUGACAUCAUCAUAAGAAAUUCAGGAUUUGCUGACAAUGGAAUUGGGCUCACAUUUGCUAGUGAUGGAAGUUUUCCAAAAGAUGAAGGCUCCAGCCAGGAAGUUUCUGAAUCUCUGUUUAUAGGUGAGAGUAGAAAUUAUGGAUCUCAAGGAGGCCAAAACAAAUACUGGGGGACUGGAGGAGCGUAUAAUAGAAAUCGCACGCUUCCUAGAAACAGGACGUUCCCAAUCAGAGGCUUCCAGAUUUAUGAUGGGCCAAUCCGUCUUACAAAGAGCACAUUUAAAAACUUCAUGCCAACAGCUGACCGCUAUACAAGUGCAAUUGGCUUCUUGAUGAAAAAUCCAUGGCAACUAACACCUAGGAACAAUGUUUCAUCCCUUAAAUUUGGAGCUAAUGUUUCAUUAAGAGCGUUUUUUGGUCAGUCUGGGCCAUGGUUUGAAAUUGGUGAUAUGGAUGGGGACAAAAACUCUAUCUUCCAUGACGUGGAUGGAUCGGUAACAAAUUAUAAUGAUACAUAUGUGGCGAGAAUGGACAACUUUUUGGUCAGGCAUCCAAAGUGUGUCAAUGUUACAGAAUGGAAUGGAGUCAUCUGUAGUGGAAAAUAUGCACAGGUCUAUGUUCAAGCACGAAAUCCCCAGAAUCUCACCAUGACCAUAGUGAGAGAUGAGUAUCCGUCAAAUCCUAUGACUCUAAGGGGAAUCAACCAAAAAGCUCCUUACCAGCAGUAUCAGCCGGUGGUGAUGUUGGAAAAGGGAUACACCAUUCAUUGGAAUGCACAGGCUCCACAAACUACUCACCUUUACCCUAUCAACUUUGACAAAGGCGACUGGCUUAGGAUUGGUCUUUGUUAUCCUCCAGACACAAGCUUUCAGGUGAUGUCACAAAUAGUCAAGAGCCAAACGUUUCCCGUUGAAGAAUAUCAGCCUGUAUCCUCCAUAGAAGAACUGCAGAAGAGACGGACGGAGGGGAAAUAUUUUUUUGAUAACGGCACAGGAUUACUUUUCCUCUUUCUCCAAGCAAAACACAACCGCAACAGCUACAGCUAUUGCUCUUCUCAGGGAUGUGAAAGGGUUGUGAUCAAUGCCACGUUUCGAUCCAAAGCAACCAGCAACUGCAUGACCAAAGCAUACCCCUUAUAUGGCAAAGCACCUUCAGCAACAAAGCCAAUGCCACUUAAAUCAACUAAGAGUUGCACAGACUGUGGAGCAUCACAGGUUGUCUUCACCAGUGAUCCUCAUAAUAUCUACCUCCCCUUGGAAAUUCAAUCCCUUAGUAAAGAGGAAAUCCAACAAGGAGCGACUGAAUCUUUUAUUUUGGUUAAUGGCACCAAGUAUUCCUUUCAACAAGCUGGUUUAUUCGUCGUUGUCAUUGACGCUUGCACUGGAGCAGUAAAAGAAGACUUGCAUGUUAAACAAGAAGAUUUUGAUGUACUGGAAAACAGAAUCCCUCAAAGAUCAAUAGUUGCCAUUGCAUCACGUGGAUACAUAGCGGAUUAUGGCAAAAUUGCACAAUGGUUAUACUCUCUGGGAACAGCUAAACCAGCAAUUCUUCAGAAUAAAGGUAGCAUUGCCUUCUUUGGAUACAAAGGAAAGUUUAAACUAUCUUGGACAAAACUAUUCAUGAGUCCUGCUGGGCAGGGCUUGGGACUACUGGAUAGCUAUAUACCUUUACAGCAUGACGCCUAUGAAUGUCGAAGAGUCGGCUCAAAUAAAAGAAAAGAUAUGGAACUAUUGAAAAGAGCUUUAAAUACACAUUAGAUUAAUAUAUGCCUUCCAGGGGCGUGUCAAGCAAAAAUGUGAACUAACUUAUUUAAUUUAUGGCAGUUACACUGUUAUCCAGCAAAAAUCAUGUUACUGUGUUCCUUACAGCUGGGGCCUAAAAUCAAUGCCCUAAUGCCAAUGCACCUUCUAGUUGUAUAUAAUUCUUUGAUUUUUUUUUUUUUUUUUGACUGUUUUGUAAAGAUAGGAUUUGCAGAUGUUAUGGUUUUUGGUGGUUUUGUAUGUGCUGUAAACUGUAUUUUUAUACUUUUUUAUAUUACUGAUAUUUUAUGGUGUAUAUUUUAUGGAUCUGACUGGAAGCGUUUUAAGUGUGUAUUUCUUUGCACAGUGGUUUACUUGAAAGGUAUUUAUCAUUAAAAUCUUUCUACAAGUCACUGAUAUUGGCAUUCACAGAUUUUUAGUGGGGAUAUAGAAAUAUGGCAAGUGUUGCGUUCAGUUACAGCCCCCUGGUCAGAUGAACAUUUUAUGCCUUUUUUUUUUUUUUUACUUUUACAUGUUUACUACAGGGAAUACAUAUGUAAAUGAAAAUUCACAAUCUUUGCAGUGCGGAAAGAAACAUUCUGCAGACAUUUGGGAAAAUUGGAGCAGUUGCCCAUAGCAACCAAUCACAUUGUUUGUCAUUUUUUAGAAGCCUUUUAAAAAUGAAAUAAGUAAUCUGGUUGUUAUGGACAACUGUACAAUGUUACCUCUGUACGGGUCUUUACAGAUUUACCGUAUUUUUCGCCAUAUAAGACGCACCUAAUUUUAAAGGAGGAAAAUCUAGAAAAAAAAAGAUUCUGAACCAAAUACUGUAGUAAAAUAUUUUAUAUCAGUAUAGUUCCCCCACAAUAGUUGGCAGUAUAGUUCCC